CUGUGGAGUGUGUGGAUUUGGUUGACGGGAGGGAGGGAAGCGAUGCAAUGUGUGUGAACAGUGUGGAAUGAGAAACACAUUGUGCAGGACGGAGUGUAGCGUUGCUCAGCCUGUCUGACUGCGGGACUGCGCAGAGAGGGAGCUGAAGGGAUUAAAACCAAACAGAAACCUAACCCAACCAGAGGUAGACCUGCAAUUGUGUUUUUUUUAAAGAAGCCAUUCACUGAACUUUCGAGCCACAAGGCUUGAGGUUAGAAGGAGACGCAUCUAUACCAAGCCAAGAAACAGGCAGAAGACCUUUUUUCCUUUGUGUUGUGCUUGUAUGAAUUACACUGAAGAACAUGAGCAGCGCAGUUUUUAGACGAGGAUCCAGCAAAGAAGGUUUGAAAAACCUUUUACGGUUGACUGCACAGCGGAGCAUAGAAGAUGAGGAGGAGAUAGCUCGGGAGCGCCGGAGACGGGCGCGUGAAACGCGUCGCUAUGACGAUGAUGAGAAUGGGUCUUACGCCGGCAGCACCCCAUCCACGCCUGCGUUUGAAAGCCACCGAACGACCAAGAAAAACCAAUAUGAUUUGAACUGCAAGUCGACCAAUUCUGCCCUGGAUGAGGAUGAGGGCUUCAGCGACUGGACUCAGAGAAGAGAAGAGCGUCGGCAGAAACGGAGGGAGGAGCAGGGAUUGUCGGAGGAAGGUCACGUCACCGACUCCACCGUGGGACUCAGCUUCACCGUGAGAGAGAGAAGGGAGCAGGAGGACCAAGAGGAGGCAGGGAUGGGCAAACUGAAGACGUGGCAGAUGGAGGAGGAGAGCAGGAUGCGCCAGAGGAAACAGGAGCAGGAGGAAGAGAGCCGUCAGUGUGAGCGGAAGCUAAAGGAAAAGGAGGAGGUGGAGAGAGCUCAGAUGGAGGACAGACAACGAUUGAAGUAUCUGAGAGAAGAAGGAGAGAGAUUGGACCAGGAGAAAAUGGAAAAAGAGAGAUGGAAGGUGGAGAUUGAAAAGAGACCAAAAGAAAACGAGAUGAAACUAUCCAUCGCACCCAGGUCAUGGAUUGGAGAUCUUCAUUAUGAAGAGGAAAAUGACUGUGUGCAGAAUAAAAUGGCAGCGUAUCAGAGCUACAGAACGACCAAGACAGUACAAAGCGAGUUGCCGGAAGCGGAAGAGGAUGGAGAGCUGGCACGGCUGGAGGCGGAGCAGAAGCUGGAGCAGAUCCGCCGCAGUCUGGACGAGAAGGAGACGCAAGAGUACGAGCGGCUGAGGCAGCGGGGCCAUGACAACGAGCUGGAGCUGGAGGAGAUGAAGAGUAGGAGGGAAGAGCGGCGCAGGGCACGAGAGGAAGAGGAGCAGCUGCGACAAGUGCAGGAGCAGGAGCUGCUGGCCAAGGAGGAGGAGGAGAAGAGAAGAAUGAGGGAAGAGCGAGAGCAGCGAAGGAUGGAGGCAGCAGAGAAACGGCAAAGGGUGCUGAGUGUUUCAGGUAGUGAGAUGGAGGACCCAUUUGUCCCACUCAGCCCCAAGAGCCCAACUAUUAAGAAAGAGUUUGAUGACGGGAUGUCUUCAGAAACAACUUGCCUGAUCAGUGAGAGGACGGAAUCCCUGAACCGCUCACUAAAGAAAAGCAAUAGUGUUAAGAAGAGCCAACCGAUCACGAACAUAUCAAAGAUUGACGAUCGAUUAGAACAGUAUACUAAUGCUAUUGAGGGCACGACAAAGUCACUGCGGCACGCGUCGUUGGACAUUCCGAACCUGUCGGAGGAUGUGGCCACCAUGAAGAGCAUGUGGGAGACCGGCGACCCGGCGAGUAACGCAGGCACCCGUGGGACACCGUGCAAGGAUACUGAUGGGUUGAAAGUCGGUGUUUGUGACCUCAUCAACCAGUGGGUGAGCAAGACCCCUGAGACCGGUGCCAAGUCCAGUCCUUCCAAACCCUCUGAGAUUAAGCCCGGGGAUGUGAGGAGCAAGAAGAAUAUUUGGGAAAACAAAUCUGAUUCCCCUUCAUGCAACAAAUUAUCAAAUGCUGGAAAGCCGCCAAGUGCAAGGUACAAGUUUGUGGUAACUGGUCACGGCAAAUAUGAGAAGGUCCCCGUUGCUGAUGAAGAGCCCGGUGCUGAUGCCAGUAGUUAAUCAGCUGCUGUUGAAAAUUGUGAUGAGAAUAUUGAAGAACUGGAGCCAAGAAAUGGACCAAGAGCUUUUGAGCGUAUCAAUUUUAUAUAUUAAUUUGUUUACUUAUACACGUGUUAUUGUCACUUAUAUCAUCAUUGUUAUGUCUUUCACCACUGAUUCUGCUGUAGCUUACACAGCAAAUGUACCUGGAGAAUAGAAACCAUUCACCGAACUAGACAAUCCAUAUUUUCCAUUAAAUUCAGCUUUUACAAUUAAUUCUACUCUCAAGGAAAAAUAAAAAUAUGGACUGUUAAAUGCAUAACCAACCUUCCCAACUCGUGCUUAAUAAAUACCAACUUAUCAUUCCGAUAUCUCUCAACUGCAAGUGGAGCUGUAGGGAGUGCAGCAGUCUAAUAACUCUGGUGACCUGGGUUCAAUUGUGACCUCCGCUUCAAUCUGUGUAGACUGAGAUCGCUCUCCCUGUGGCCAACUGGUCCUCCUUCAAUAAAUAUAGAACAUAGAACAGUGCAGCACAGGAACAGGCCCUUCGGCCCACAAUGUCUGUACUGAACAAGAUGCCAAGACCAACUCUUAUCUGCCUGCACAUAAUCCAUAUCCCUCCAUACUCUGCAUAUUCAUGUGCCUAUCCAAAAGUCUCUUAAAUCAUAUCUGCCUCCACCACUACCCUCGGCAGUGAGUUCCAGGUACUCAUCACCCUCAGUGUAACAAAAACUUGCCCUGCACAUCUCCUUUUAACUUUGUCCCUUUCAUCUUAGUUAUGCCCUCAAGUGUUUCAUGUUUCCAUCCUGGGAAACGGGUUCUGACUGUUUACCCUAUCAAUGUCUCUCAUAAUUGUUUAUACUUCUAUCAGGUAUCCCUGUAACCUCCAGUAUUCCAGGGAAUACAAUCCAAGUCUGUCCAACCUCUCCCUGUGGGCUAACACCCACUAAUCAAGGCACCAUUUAAAUCAACCACCUCUGCACCUUCUCCAAAGCAAUGACUCUGAAUGUAGAUGGGUGGUUGGAGAAUUGCGAUGUUACUGGGAAUGUGUGAGAGAGAAUGGCUUACAAAGAUAUAUGAGGAAAUGGGCACAAAGUGCUGGAGUAACUCAGCAGGUCAUCUCUGGAGGACAUGGAUAGGUGAUGUUUCGGGUCGUGACCUUCCUUCAGUCAAAUGGAAUUGAUGAUUGCUCAGAGUAGGAUAGACUCAAUGGGCUGAAUGGCCUCCUUCCAUAAGGAAAUAUGGAUAAUAAAUAAAUCUAAGUGCUGUAAGUCAAAGACACAAUGAACUUGUUUUAAGAAACAUUUAGUCAGUUACAUGGAUAGGAUAGGUUUUGGGGGGAAAGGGGCCAAAAGCAGGCUGGUGGAACUAGUGUAAAUGGGACAGGUUGGUCGGCACAGGCAGGCUAGGCCGAAGAGCCUGUUUCCACGCUGUAUGGCUCUCUGACUAAAUGCAGGAGCUGCCAUCUUGAGUGAAAAAAAAAGUGCUGGAGGAACUCAGCGGGUCAGGCAGCAUCUGUGGAGGGAAAUGAACAGGUAAUGUUUCGGCUCGGAACCCUUCUUGGUGCCUUCCUCCAGCAGUUUAUUUUUCACCGCUCUUCGGUGCCGUUUGGGUGACAUUGCGAGGACUAUCAAUGGGAGCAGAGAGUUGUGAACAGGUGUUGAUGAAAUGAAUCAAUGUGACUAAUAAGGUUCUCUGGGGAAGUGUGAGGUAAGCCUCUUUAGACAUGAAGCGUGGACAGAGUACUUCUCGAAAAGGAAUUUGAGUCUUGCAGUUCCCACCUUGGAAUUCCAGUCGUGGAAUUUUAAAGGAAUAGCAAUAUUUAGUGAUUCAAGUCAUAAUAUUCUAGGAUUUAGGGUGGCACGGUGGCGCAGCGGUAGAGAUGCUACCUUACAGCGCCAGAGACCCGCGUUCGAUCCUGUCUACGGGUGCUGUCUGUACGAAGUUUAUACGUUCUCCCUGUGACUGCGUGGGUUUUCUCCGGGUGCUCCAGUUUCAUCCCACAUCCCAAAGACAUGCAGGUUUAUAGAUUAAUUGGCCCUCUGUAAAUUACACCUAGUGUGUAGACCUGAGCUCGCGGGGCUGUCUGUGUGGAGUUUGCACGUUCUCCGUGUGACCACAUGGGUUUCAUCCAGGGGCUCCGGUCUCCUCCCACAUCCCAAAGAUGUUGAGCUUAGUAGGUUAAUUGGCCGUGUAUGGGGAGCGGAAGAGAAAGUGGAACGAGUGUGAACGGGUGGUCUAUGGUGGGCAAGGACUUGGUGGGCUGAAGGGUGUAUUUCCAUGCUAUAUGUUUCAUUCAAAGCUACACGCAAUAGCUCCGUUGUCUCCCUGCUCCACAUAAGUUUCUGCUCCUAUCCAUUAUUCAUCCAUCAUGAGAUAUAUCAUAUGAAGGUAACAUGCAACACCGAUGUAUUCAGUAAGAGGAGGAAAGAGGAACCUAGCUUUGAUAAACAUACAUUGGAGGCUUUGCUUUAACACUUAAUUGCAAUACAGUAUUCUCUUUAAAUGUGAAAUUGAGCUUGUUUUGUAUACUACUGUCAAGCACAAAAAGGAAGGUGUCUGUUCAAAAAGGAAAUUGGAUUUAUUGCAGCUAUUGACGGUUUUAUUAAAUGUAAUGUUUUGCGUAAUAA